GUGUGUGGUGGUGGUAGUAAGAAGGGUUUUACAUAGAAGCGGCUUCAAUUAUGACUGCUACCCCCUUCCUUUUUUAUACUCCAUUUCAAUCAUAAGACAACAUAAAUAAAAUCUCGCUGCCCAUCUUCUCAAUCUUCAUCUUUCACAACCAAACAACACGAUGAGCUGGUGGUGGUCUGGCGCUAUCGGUGCUGCUCGGAAAAAGCUAGAGGAAACGGAGGCACCGCCCAAAUACGAGAGCGUAGCCCUGGUGAUCGGCGUGACCGGCAUCGUCGGCAACAGUCUCGCCGAGAUCCUCCCUCUCUCCGACACUCCCGGCGGUCCUUGGAAGGUCUACGGCGUGGCUCGUCGCCCUAGGCCUUCCUGGAACGCCGAUCACCCUAUCGAAUACAUUCAGUGCGAUAUCUCCAACACUGAUGAAGCCCAAUCCAAGCUCUCCCAGCUCACUGAUGUUACUCACAUCUUUUAUGUCACUUGGUCUAGUAAACCUAGUGAAGCCGAGAACUGCAAAAGUAAUGGACAUAUGUUUCGGAAUGUUUUGAAUGCUGUGAUUCCGAAUGCCAUUAAUUUGAAACAUGUGUGUUUGCAGACGGGGAGGAAACAUUAUUUGGGUCCUUUUGAGUUGUAUGGGAAAGUAGCCCAUGAUCCUCCAUAUAGCGAGGAUCUUCCGAGGUUGAAUGUGGAGAAUUUUUAUUAUACGUUGGAGGAUAUUUUGUUUGAGGAGGUGGAGAAGAAAGAGGGAUUGACUUGGUCGGUCCAUAGGCCGGGGAAUAUAUUUGGGUUUUCUCCUUAUAGUAUGAUGAAUUUGAUUGGUACGUUGUGUGUUUAUGCAACAAUUUGUAAGCAUGAGGGUGUGCCCAUGAGGUUCCCGGGGGCUAAGGCUGCUUGGGAGGGGUACUCGGAUGCUUCGGAUGCGGAUUUGAUUGCUGAGCAUCAGAUUUGGGCGUCUGUGGAUCCCUAUGCCAAGGAUGAGGCAUUUAAUUGUAGCAAUGGCGAUGUGUUUAAGUGGAAGCAUUUGUGGAAGGUGUUUGAAGAACAGUUUGAGGUAAAAUGUGCAGAUUUCGAGGGGGAAGGGUUGUGCUUGGUGGACUUAAUGAAGGAUAAAGGGCCGGUGUGGGAUGAGAUUGUGAAGGUGAAUGGGCUGACUCCUACGAAGCUGGAAGAUGUAGCAAUAUGGUGGUUCGUUGAUAUGGUACUUGGGAUUGAAUGUCCUUUGGAUACAAUGAAUAAGAGUAAGGAGCAUGGGUUUUUGGGCUUCAGGAACUCAAAAUCGUCGCUGAUCACCUGGAUUGAUAGGAUGAAAGGUUACAAAAUUGUUCCGUAGAUUAUGAUCAUUCCAAUGCAAUGGUUUAUUUCAGUUCGUGUUGAUUUGAGUAUGUCUAUGUUAUUGGGAUGGAAGGUUAAAAUUGUUCCGUAGAUUAUGUUCAUUUCGUUCAAUGCUUGCAUCUCAGUUGGUUUUAUUUUGAAGAAUAAACGUUAUUCAAUGUGGAAAAUAGUAAUAAAUUGAAGGAUUGCUUCCGCAACUUGUACACUGUUGUAGUUGUUUCAAGGACCAGUAAACGUUAAUUUCUUCUUGUGUUUGUUUAUGCAUUCUUUGUACUUCAAUCCUGAAGGCAUUGAUGAGCCUUCCGAGUGUGUUUUCUUCUAUUUACAGUCCGAUUAUCUUUA